CUGAACUUUUCCUUCAAUAUUCAUUGUUGUAAAAACAUACACUCAAUGUCUCGCCUUUCAAUUCCUAUUCCCCAAGAUGAAUGCCUCUAUGACGCUCGUUGGACAAAAGAGACCGACAAUUUGUUCGUGGACUUACUAAUAGAGUCGCAUGUACUCGGGCAGUGGAAAAAUGGUCCUCCAGGAUCCGUCGUGCUCGACUAUUGUAGAUAUGUUCUCUUUGGCGAGCUAGAGUUAAGAUUUCGUAACGAUGAACUCAAUGAGAGGUUUCACUUUCUUGAGAAGCGCUACAAUGUCUUCAGCUGGAUGCUAAGGAAGCCCAGUUUGCGCCACUGUGUUCAAUCGAACAUCCUCACCGCUCCGGUUGCCGUUUGGGACGAUGUGUUCGAGUCGAAUCCUUUUAGCGUUGCGUAUCAACAUUCCGGUGACCCGCGUUGGGAAGACUUGCGUUUCAUGUUCGAGGAGGUGUACUCCUUGAACCCAACUUCUGAAGUUGUACACGACCGCAAUUCUACAAACGAAGGUUUUAUGGCUCCCCUUGGUGGACGAACUAAUGUUGUUUCAGACAAUUCAUACCACAACGCUUUGCAAUCACUUUGUAGUGGCAACAACUUUGCUCCUGGUCCGCACGAUGCCUCGUCCGAGAGCUCCGUUAACACGCAUGCCGCCCAUGUUAUAAUUUCAAGGGUGGGCAGCCGAACUCCUUUGCGCAUUCCUCGUCCACCGCAUAAGCCAGAACCUGCUUCUUGCAAGGGUUCGUGUAGCGAUCCUCACGUUUGA